CAUCCUAAUCUGUAACCAAAAUUUUCAAAAAAAAAAUAUCUGUAACCAAAGAUUUUUAGUGAACAUUCAUUGAGCUUAGCUUGAGAGAAGACUCAUUUCUUUGUUUUGGGGCCCUUCAUAUUUAAACAAUGGCUUCUCUUACUUCUUCAAUCAGCCUACACUCAUCUUCACCACUAGGAUUUGCUUCUAAACAUGGCCACUGUUCUUGCAGCUGGCUCACAGUGAGAUCAGUAAGAUCAACAAGGAAAAGAUUGUCAUCGCAGACCGUCCCACGAGGUCUGAGAGUUCGUUGUGCAGCAACAAAACAAGCCAAAUCACCAGCCGAGGAGGAAUGGAAGAUUAAGAGGGCACUUCUGCUGCAGAAAAAGGUAAGAAGUGUGGAUGCAAAAGAAGCUCUGCGGCUUCAAAAGGAAAACAACUUUGUCAUUCUUGACGUACGGCCUGUGAAAGAGUUUGAAGAGGCUCAUCCGCCAAACGCCGUCAAUGUGCAAAUUUAUAGGCUCAUAAAGGAGUGGACAGCGUGGGACAUUGCCAGGCGAGCUGCAUUUGCAUUUUUCGGCAUUUUUGCAGGAACAGAAGAGAACCCUGAGUUCAUCCAAACUGUGGAAUCCAAGUUGGAUAAGAAUGCAAAGAUAAUAGUGGCUUGUGCAGCUGGGGGUACAAUGAGACCAACCCAAAAUUUGCCAGAAGGACAACAGUCAAGAUCACUGAUUGCGGCCUACUUGCUUGUCCUCAAUGGUUAUACCAAUGUGUUCCACUUAGAAGGCGGACUUUACUCGUGGUUCAAAGAGGGACUGCCAGUAGAAUCAGCAGAAGAAGAGUGAAGAUAGGGGGGCAACCGGUAGAAUCAGAAGAAGAAUUGAUCGUGUUUUGUCCCUAAACGAGU